AUGGCGGCGGCAGAGGGCAGCAAGGAGGAGACGGGGAGGAGGAAGGCAGAGCGGGUGGCGCUGCCGGCGGGCAUGCUACUGGUGCAGGUGUUGACGGUGGUGACGAUGCUGUUGUCCAAGGCGGCGCUCAACGGCGGAAUGCAACCCCUGGUCCACCUCGUCUACCGCAACCUCGUCGCUGCCGCCGCCGUUGCCCCCCUUGCCGUCGUCUUUGAGAGGUUGACUGACGGACAGCAUGAACGCAUAGGUAUACACAUGCCCGUACUUAUAGCCGCCAGGGAAAUACUGAAGAAAGUGAACAUGGUUGUUUUGGGCUGGAUCUUCAUCAACGCUACUUUCGGAGUUUUGCUGGCGACGGGGUUGUACUACUGCGCCCUACGGGCCACCAGCGCCGCCUAUACCGUCAACUUCUUCAACCUCAUCCCCGUUGUCACCUUCCUCAUUGCAGUGGCGCUCCAGGCCGAGCGCAUCUCCCUCGCCACCUGGCCCGGCAGGAUGAAGCUGCUCGGCGCGGUAGUGGGCGUUGCCGGCACCAUGGUCGUCAGCCUCUGCAAGGGCCCUCUUCUCCCAAUUUCGCACCUCCGGCCGUCCUAUGCCCACGCCCACGCCAGCCCGCCGGCACCGGCGUCGGUGAUCCAUGGCGGCCACGACAUGGCCGUCGGCACGCUCUUCAUGUGUGGGAGCUGCGUGAGCUACGCGCUCUGGUUCGUGGUGCAGGCCAGGGUUGCCAAGGUGUUCCCGUCGCGAUACUGGUCCACCGCGCUCACGUGCGCUGCGGGCAGCCUGCAGUCUGCCGCGGCCGCCGGGGUGGCGGCCGUCCUAGCACCCCGCGAGGGCUGGGCGGCAGAGUGGAGGCUGAGGUGGGACCUGCGCCUGGCCACGGUGGUGUACUCCGGGGUCUUCAACACGGGCGUCACGUUCGUGCUCGUGUCGUGGGCGGUGGCGCGCCGCGGGCCCGUGUACCCGCCCAUGUUCAACUCCCUGUCGCUCGUUGCCACGACUGUGGUUGACGCGGCAUGCUCGGCACCGACAUCUACCUCGGCGGUGUUCUCGGGGCGGGCCUCGUCGUCAUGGGGCUCUACGCGUUCCUCUGGGGCAAGGGUAAGGAGCUCGCUGCCGCCAAGGCGGACAACGGCGAGCAGAAGCUGCAGCGUGUACACGCCGAUGAUGGCAUUGCCUAGCGGUUUGGCCUAG